CAGCCUCCAAACGAGCCAUACACACCGUCAAGAUGCUCCGAACCGAUCCUAACAUCAUCAUCACCGGCACGCCCGGCGUCGGCAAGACCACACACUGCGAAGAGCUCGCGCGGAAGACCGGCUUGCAUCACCUCUCAAUCAACGAGGUUGUCAAGAAACAUAACAUCGGCGAGGCCUCUGACGAUCCGGAAGACCCCAACACGAAGAUCGUGGACGAAGAUCGCCUGCUAGACUGCAUCGAGAAUGAUCUUGAGGAGGGCGGACAGAUCGUCGACUGGCACGCUUGCGACUUGUUCCCACCGUCGCUCAUCGAUCUGGUGUGCGUCGUGCGAUGCGACAACAAGCUACUCUAUGACCGUCUGAAGGCGAGGAAUUACGGCGAGAAGAAGUUGGAGGAGAACAUGGACUGUGAAAUCAUGGAGGUGCUGCUACAGGAGGCCCGGGACGCGUACGAUGAGCAAAUUGUGGUGGAACUGAAGAGCGAGAGCACGGAGGAUAUCGACUCGAAUGUGGAGCGGAUUGAGUCGUGGAUUCAGAACUGGAGGAAGGAUCACGAGAAGGAGGAGGGAGACGUCAAGGCACAAGGAGAGGAGAAGAAGGACGAGGAUGAUCCGAUGUUUUUGCACGGAUGA